AUGCAGUACAGGUUUUCGGUUUUUCUUUCCUUCGCAAGCUCCACUUCCUCUCGUCCGAGCUCCACCUGGACCCGUUCCCACUCGUCGGUGCCGCUGCCGCUCCUCCGUGACUCCCUCCACCUCCUCGCAUCCCACGGCCGCUCCGCCCGCGACGCCGCGCGCGUCUUCUCCGUGUUCCCGUCCUUCCUCACCUCCCCACCCGGCGAGCCCCUCCGCUUCCUCUCCGCCGAUGCGCCGCUCCCGCCGCCGCUCCUCCGCGCCGUCCCCGUGCCUCCUCGUCCGGUGCUUGCUCGCUGCCUGCCCGAGCUGCUCGCCUGGACCUGGACCCUUUCCUCGCGCCUAGCCGAUGGCGGCGACGGACUCCACUCGCCGUCCGACCACUGUCUCCGGAUGCCGCAGAUCCUGCCGGUGCUAGGUCACCUCCCCCUCCUCCCCCCGAUUCGACGCGCCCAGCCGGCAGCGGAGAAGGCCUCCGCCACAAUCAGUUGUCAGGAGUUGUGCCUUGUGUCAUGGGCAUUGGAGCUGCGGUGUCAAGGAGGACAAUGGGCAUUUUGGAGAUUGAGUGCGGACUUGCCAACAGUUCCAGCUGCAAAUCGCUUCAUCCUGCAUCAACAGCCACAAGGUAGGGAGAGGCCAGCUGCGAGCAGUAGUGCGGGACAGUUCUUGUCAGCUUACAUAGCAGCAGCCCCGGCAUCACGGCCAUGGAACCUGAUGCCACGGCAGCAACUUCUCCGAAGGAUGGAACAUGGCAGUUCUCCUGCGGCACUAGGAUCAGCACCAGCUCGUCCAAGGGAGCAUCCAUCCAUGCCUGUGAUUUGUUUGACUGAAUGCACACGAGAGAGUGCUGUGAUAUUUUGACAGAAGAUUUGGCAAUAUCGUUCCUUUCAGAACUUGGAUGCAGGGACGAAAAAUUUGAAGGAAGCUCUACUGAUUACAAUGUUACCUAUUGGAAACUUUCUACUUGCAAAGCAAUGUAGUCAAGAUGUUGCCCUGUAGUCAGAAGUGUGAAGCACAAAAUUUGAUAUUUGUCCAUUAUCAUGAAUGCUUGUAAUAAUUCUUUUACAAACAAGUAUAUACAUGUCGUUGUCUCGUCCAGUUUAAAGAAGCAAGCUCAGCGAAGAUCCAUGUUAAAGUGCAA